AUGUUGAGAAAUGGGAGAGAGUUAGUAGAAGUGCCUAAAAAGAAAAAGGAGCAGUCUGGGCUCGAAAAAGAAAGAGUACUAAAAAGUAUAGAGGUAGAUGAGAGAAACAAAAUAGAGUCUGAGCAAAUAUCAGAUAGGGUGCCUCAUCCUUUUCCUCAAAGACUGAGAAAGAAUAAUGAUGACCAUAUGUUUCACAAAUUUUUAGAUAUGCUGAAGCAGAUACACUUGAGCAUUCCUUUGGUGGACAUGCUCCGUGAGGUCCCAAAAUAUGCAAAAUAUAUUAAGGAUAUAGUGGCAAAUAAGAGGAGGUUAACUGAAUUUGAGACCGGCGCACUUACUGAGAAGUGCACUUCCAGGAUUCAACAUAAGCUUCCACAAAAUCUUAAGGAUUCGGGUAGUUUUACCAUCCCCGUGAGGAUUGGUGAAAUUGAUGUGGGUAGAGCCUUGUGUGAUUUGGGUGAAAGUAUCAAUUUGAUGACAUUGUCAGUGUUCAAACAAUUGGGAUUAGGAGCUCCGAGAUCCACCACGGUGCUGCUACAGUUAGCUGACAGAUCUUAUGUUUAUCUUGGGAGG